GAUUACAAUUUCAGCAAAAAACUGUUCGCCAAACAUUUGCAUUUAUAUGAGUUAAAUACAGGUGGCAACACUAUGCGAUCGCACUACGCUCAAGCUCAACUCUACAGGUGCCUAAGCUUGUACGUGCGAACCAAAUGGUACAUGAGUGUAUGUAGACUUGGCGCUGCGAUCGGGUGUACAAUACAAUUUAGCAAUUUCAAUGUUCAAUGUUCGAAUAACAAAAGCGUAGAGUGGUAGAAUGGUUGAAUCACCAAAAAAACAUUUGUUAAAUGUCGCCUCUUUGCUUGUGUUACAAAAUGUAGAUACAAGUGCGCCGCGGUGUCUUAAACGUAACGGUAAUGUGAUUUAAACAAAUCGAUACACACGCACAUAUAACCGAUAGAAGUGAUAGCAGUGAUUUCAUCGCAAAAUAUGUUUGAAAUAUGAUGAGAGACAAAUACUAUUCAUUCUCUGCAGUGUCGAGUAGUGCAUAAAGUUGUUAAGAAAUUAAUGUUGCAACUCUUCAUAACAAAUUUAUAUAAAAUUCAUAAAAGCAAAAGUUAGUAUUUAACUCCCAGCGAUUUAACGAAGGUUAAAGAUUAUGGUAAUUCGUGUUAGGAAAGUUCAACUGUAUAUUGUUUUAACUUAGCAUCCAACAGUUGUUCGCAUGCGCCUCUAUUUAUUGGCAGCUGGCUGGCCAUUUAGAACAGGCACACAUUUCUUACGCACGCAUUUCUUCAUUUUUCAAAUAAAUUUACUUAAAAUGAAGUAAGGUAGGAACAUACAAGUAAAAAAAGGAUCAUAUGGUUAAUGGGAUUUUUUUCACAGAUCAUCUGUUCGAUAUUCUUCAAAACAAAUUUAGUUAUUGUUAUUAAAAUAACACACAAUUCGACACAUAUAUUUGGCACAAAGUCCACUAGAAUAAUUACUAUACAUAGUAUAUAGGGGCUGGGAUAAUGCCUAGACCGUUUUUACUCAUAAGAUAUAGCACAUAUUAACCGAUAUUUAAGCAUAAAGUCCACUUAUAAUUUUUAAUUAUAAUGAAUACUGCAUACUUAGGCUUUUUCUAAAUUUCGCUAUUCCACGCCCACUUUUUCCCUCGACAUGGUAUUUAACCAAGAAUUUCUUUAAAUCACAUGAAGAAAGUUUCUUAAAGCGGUAAAUUUUUGAACGUGAGUAGAAAGAAAGAAGAAAGGGUCCUCUUUAUACACGUUUUAAUUAUUCAAAUAUGAGUGCUUUAUUUUUUCACUUUUAUAUUUGGUUCACGGUUUACGAAAUAUAUAAUAGUUCUCACAACAAUAGUACGGUUCUACCAUCCACCAUUUUUUUUCAAACAAUAUAUGGUAAAACCCUUUCUUAUGGCAAGUAGAAACAAAAUUUUAUGUAUCUACGCUGUUUGUUAAAAAAUCUAUAUUCGGCAAGUGGUUUUACUAACUGUAUUAAGUACGCUUAAUGCUAAUAAAAUGUUUACAUAUUAACAGAUAAACCAGAUAGAAAGUCAAACGAAAGUGCGGAAAUCAUUACAUUAUCUAUAUGUUAGGUAUGGAGCUAGAGAAAUAAUAAAUAUGCCGCAUUUAGAGGUUUCGAAAACUGUGUAAAACUUUGAAUCUAAUCGGUUCAGCCAUUUCCGAAAAUCCAGAAAUCUGGGUCAGCGACUUUCAAAACACAGUUUUGAGGAAAAAAGGCGCCAUCUGGCCUACUACUUGCAAAUGCGCAAACAUUACCGUCGGAUUUAAAUUUUCAUCGUGUCUACUUGAAUACAUGCACAUUAAGAAAAUGAAAUAAAAAAAUCGAUUUUUUGAAAAUUCUAACUAGAUGUAACCGCUUAAAACACUGCACAUUUAAAAAGCUGAAUAAGUACUAGUGGCAUAACAUAAUUCCCAAUAAGUAAAUAAAGCCUAAAAAGCAUUUCACUUUGGCGUAAACCGGAAACGUAUAACAUUAAGCCAACUUACUUAAUAACUUAUGUUCACAUGCAGUACAAAUGCGAGUACAAAUUGUUAUUACGAUCGUAUUAUUUCCUGUCCGACCCACUUCCUUUCGGGCCCGUACAGUUUUGUAGGUUCUACGAAUAUUUGCUACGUAAUGUAAAAAUUUCAGCGGAAAACAACAUUUUCGCAUAUGUAUAUACAUAUGUACAUAUUUACAGAUGCAGCACAAUUCAUGGAAUGCCAUCAUCGAUAUUGACAAUGUAAUAUUUGUGUGCACCCAAUUGUUUGGUGAUUUUCAAAGUAUAAAAUAAAUACGCUGGAGCGCUAUAGGCUAUUGACGAUGUCUUUGACACCACUCAUAUUUUUAACACAACUGGUUUUAAGCUUGUCCUUUAUAGAGAGUUUCUUUCCUUUAUUUCCGGACUGAAACAUUAUUAUUAUUUUUUUUUUUUAAUUUUUAAAUAUAAUUUCUCUAACAUUUUGAGCGAACAGAGACUUUUUUUAUGGGGUAUACACAAAGCGAUUUAUCGUAACCCAAUUUUCUAACCUUAUAAGUGGGAAAAUCUCUUAUUCUUAUGUAAGAUACAAUAGUAACCAAACUUCUUGUAAUAAUAGAGCCGAAAUAAUCAACCAGAUCUUUAUAAGUUGUUGUACAAAAACCGAACACCUAAGCGACUAAAACCGCUGUAAUACUAUUUUUUGAUAUAUGAGAGGUACACACUUUCACUGCAGAGGGUCUGCCACGAAUUGUUUAAAACAGUUUGUUUGAUACAUGUAUGUUAGUCGUGUGUUCGAUUUGUCACUCGGUAAUUGUGGAUUCUAAUAUUAUACAAUUAAGUGACACACUUAAUUUGUGAAAUUAGCUAAGGAAUCGAUUAUAAUAUACAUAAACAUACAGUAAUAUAUGAGCUUGCAAUUAAUAAAAUAAGAAUAUAGACUGCAAAAAGUAUACAUUAUUUAAGUGUGAACUAACGAUUGUUAUUGGCGCAACAUAGAGAGCAGCAUCGUUGGCGAUGGCGUUUCAAUAACAGAAAUAGCGAAAGGCGGAGUUGCAGUAACAGUUUUAGCAUGGCUGACAAUAAAUUCAAUUCUGCCAAUGAAGUUGAUAAUUUCAGUACAUUUACUGAGACAAAUAAAAGUCAAAAGUGUGAGGAGAGUGAAGAGAGUGAUAGCAAUUUAACGCAAUGUUUAGACAAUAAUACCAACGGCACGAUAAAUGGCGAUUAUUAUCAUAAUACGUCAGUAGAUGAAGGAGCUCUCAAGAACACACGCAAAAAUCCCAACGAGUUGAUGGCAGAAAAACACACCGAUCUUCAACAAACCUCUAGUCGACGGAAUCAAUCUGACUUAUACGGUCCGACGAUAGUGAAAUGUAAUUCAUACCGUGAUUGCAAGACCGACACUUGCCGCUCAACAGCGGAAACGCGUGCUCACUUUCAUUGCGUCGCGGCUGCUUGUCGCACAGCGUUAUUUAGUCGUAGAGCAGUACUAAAGCAUCUCCAAGGCCAUCUGCAUCAUUCAACGUUACAGUGCACCAGCAGCAACAGAAGAAGUGUAUCGUCGCGUUUCGGGGAUGAAGUAAACGCUAAAACUGCUGGCUCGUCAGCGCCGUCAUUGCUGAGCAGGCGUAAUGCAACAUUGGCAUCAACUACAAAACCUGCGCCGCGCUUAGACGGCGGAGUCGCCAUCCAUGCAGCAAUCGCAUAUAUGGACUCGAGGCCAGCUAAUACCAACAGCGACGGGGAUGAUGUAGAUCAACGCAAAUAUGCCAGUGCUAAGAUGCGGCAUUUCAGCAAAGAAUCCAAUAAAAACAACUGCGAUUCCGACUUUCUCAACAGUAAAUAUUUAGCGUUCAAUCUAAGUGACUUAAGCCAAAAAAGAUUGGACAUAGCUGCCUCGCCACCAUUUACACAAAUCGCGGCUGAUGAUAGAGCAACAGUGCUGAAGAGAGAAUCUACACACAGCGAGGGUAGACUUUUGUUGCAACCAAAACAGGAUCAACACAAUCUAUAUCUCCAUUAUAGUAUGUUAGCAGCGAAUGUGUUAUGCACUACGUCUACAACGACCAGCGAAACAUGUAGCCUGACUCCGUCCAAAACAAAACCAAGCACUAUAGUUAAUUCGGAAAGGUUUAACAGGCGCCAUGUACAACAACAUGACCCUCAGCCUACUAAUGUGAAUAUAACUGAAUAUCCAAAAAGAGAGGAAGCAGAUAGAAACCACAUUGAAAGCACCGCAUUUGAGGAAAGCUACGAAGCUACGUUUCUGCAGAAGGAGAAUCAUUGCAAAGUCACGGAACUGAGUGAUACAGACUCCACUAUACCUUCGACGACAGCGAUGGGCGUCAGUAGUCCUAUACAAAUUACUUCCAUAGAUGGGUUUUUCAAUCGCAAACGUGGAAGGCCGCCCAAAAAUCGCUUCGUAGAGGUGUACAAAAAUACACAUCAAACGCCGCAAGCUGUUUUCACAAGCUUCAAGCUGGAGAAGAAUGCAGCGACCUCCGACUCUCACGCUACGGUGAAUGAAAAAGCUUUGGAUUACGACUAUGCGCAUCGUAACCGCGAUAGUACACUGCUGCCAACACCUGCAACAGUUAGGCCACAUUUUACGCUUAUUCCACAAUUACCUAUGUAUGCCAAUGACAGCGGCAGCGAGGUAAAAUUUAAGUCGGAAAUAUAUUUUCAGCCGAGGCCACAACGCUCUCCGCCAAUAAUAACAGAUGUUGAUGACUUUGUCCAUUUAAAUCCUGAUGAGGUCGUCGACUUAAAGCGUGCAGAUCGUGAAACCAUGCGCGAUUUCAUGCAAAAAAUGGAGACUCAAGUUGCUUUGGCAGCACAAAAGCAUUCUGCGGAGGCAGCGGCAACGGAUAUUGCAGCAAAGCUUAUGAAGCGAGAUAUGGAAAUAUUAAAGGAACAGCGGGAGCAUAGCAGUAAUUUAGUAUUGAAUACUCGGGAUCUAGAACAUAGAGGAGGCGAUGUACACAUACACCCCGCCAGUCCGCAGCAAACGUGCGUACAACAAUUGAGGGACCGGGAUUCCGUAAGCUUAACAAGCAAUAGUGACAACCCACUGGAUUAUGGAGGCACGAAAUCAAAUUCGCUCAAAAAAGUUUCGGUUGUGCGCGCUGUGGGGACAUUUUUUCCAGACUGCAAGGAAAUGGCCAGUAAUGCGAGCAAUAACUUGCAUAGUGAGACUGCUUUUGGCCGUGUAACAACAAAACCGGUGAUGUGGAGUGCGCGUGGCACCAAAGCAAGUUUCAAGCGCAAACGCGUACAAGAUUACAACAAACACGUACGCUACGAGACCUUUAGGAAAUCCAUAGAUGGUAAUGAAUUUGGUGUGCCUGAAGAUUUGAGUACACGCAUCAAGAAAGAAAUACCGAUUUCAAGCAACUGCAGCCGGGCAAAGGAUUUUAGUGGUAUUUUGAAGAACAUGGGUGAUGAAACCACAAUAGCAAAUAAAGCAAAAACAGCAGAAAAAAAGUCAACGAUUUUGGAGAAUGAGCUUGAUUUGCAGAAUAAAGUGGCAAUAGGUUUGCACCUGAAACAAUUGCUCAAUCUACACCAGGUGCAGAACCAGCAAAAUGUUCUGCAACAAAAUCAACCUUCAACCGCCAUUAACAGCAUAUCAGUCGAUAAUAACAUUUUGCGUUAUUUGUCCAUUUUGUGGGCUGCGUCAAACAAUGUACAACCACAGGCGUCAUUGUUAGUGCAACCAAUAACUACGGUACCUUCAGCUAUUGGCCGACUGCAGCAAGUUUCCGCAGACUUCGAGACCGUAACACUCGCUAAACCAGACACACCUACAACAACGCGCACUGCAGCCUUAACUGCCGCCGCAGUCACCCACCGGAAUUUGCUCGAUAUAAUGGCACUUUGCCAGGGUAACCGCAACAACUGUAGUAGGACAAACACAACUGCCGCAAAUUCAGUACCAACCACGCGCUCUAGCGAAGACAGUGCCUUAUUCACUACAGCGUUACGUAAAAAAUAUAAUAUGAAUAUGCCCACCGGCUAUCUAAAGUUCCGCUUUAACGAGGAUUGCGGCUUUGAAAACUGCGGUUAUCGUCAGCGACAGUCGCACUUUCAUUGCGAUCGUGUCGAUUGUCACUACAGCUUCUGUGACAAGACACGUUUCGUGCAGCACACGGCACGUCACGAGCGCCUGGACACUCUAAUGGGCGCAGACUUUCAGCAAUAUCGCAGUAAUCUGCAGUGUGGUUUUACUAACUGUGUCUACCAAUUGCACGAAGAGUCGGCCAACACCAAGAAGUCAUCACAUUUCCAUUGCUUGAAGUGUCCAUUCACAUGCACUGACACCAAUAAAGUAGUGUCACAUCGACGACUGCAUAAUAAAAUGGAUUACAUACGAUCGGUGGGUUUCUGCAAAGUGCUCAACACCGAGAACUGUGCCCAGCGUUACGCAGCUUUAGCGCCUGAUGCUGAUCACGCAAGAACUGUUGGUGGAGUGGUGUUUGAGAGUUUGAAAGAUACAACCUUGGCGAUGGCAAGUAGCUGCAUAUACAACAAGAAAUUGACGCAUUUCCAUUGUCUUUUGUGUGGUUGUGGCGUGGCGUCGCGCUCCCAACUGUCGGCGCAUAGGCAGAAAUCGUGUAACACUGUAUACAAAAACGCGAAUACGACAGCAACCUCAACCUCAGUAGUAGCAACGGAAACUAGAUCAGCUGCAGCAGUCUCCACUGAUACAACAACCACUACAAGACACCCUAGUUAAAAACGUAUGAAGUGAUAUUUAUACUCACCGAAGCCACCGAUGUAUACAAAUUAUAUUUUAACCAGAGUUCGCAUUGUAUCAUAUAUAAUAUUAAUUUUUUAAAUACAAAGUAGCAAGAUUAA